GUUAGAGUUGGACUUAGCCAAUAAUCGCUUUCGGCAAAUUAAAUGCGAGCUCACAGAUGAGUACAAACUCUUAGUGAAAUAUCUUAACAGCACUUAUUAGCCUUAGAAAGCCAUUAUUGUCUUCCCUUAAGAUUUGUGAAAUUGAGAGAUUCAAAUGGCAGCAUCACAACAUGAAUCUGAGCAUCCUAAGAAGGCUUUCGGAUGGGCAGCAAGAGAUUCUACUGGUUUUCUUUCCCCUUUUAACUUCUCAAGAAGGGAAACGGGUGAGAAAGAUGUGACCUUGAAAAUAUUGUACUGUGGAAUAUGCCACACUGACCUUCACUUGUCCAGGAACGACUUCGGCGUUUCCAUUUAUCCAUUAGUACCAGGGCAUGAGAUAGUUGGGGAAGUGACAGAGGUGGGAAGCAAGGUAGAAAAGUUCAAGAUUGGGGACAAAGUGGGUGUUGGAACCAUGGUUGACUCCUGCCGUUCAUGCCAAAGCUGUGUUGACAACCUUGAGAGUUAUUGUCCAAAAAAGAUUCCCACCUAUGGAUUUAAGAAUGUCGACGGCACCACCACAUACGGAGGCUUUUCCGACACCAUGGUAGCCCACGAGGACUUCGUGAUUCGAAUUCCCCACGGACUACCACUUGAUGCAGCCGCCCCUCUGCUCUGUGCUGGGAUUACAGUUUAUAGCCCCCUCCGGUACUUCGGACUCGAUAAGCCCGGUUUACAUCUUGCUGUGGUUGGUCUUGGCGGCUUAGGCCACCUGGCUGUCAAGUUCGCCAAAGCCUUUGGCGCUAAGGUCACGGUUGUUAGUACAUCGCCUCAUAAAAAGAAGGAGGCGUUGGAAAAUUUGGGAGCUGACUCCUUUGUCAUAAGCACUGACCAAGAUCAGAUGCAGGGUGUUAUUGGUACAAUGGAUGGUAUUAUUGACACGAUUUCUGCAGAUCAUCCUUUGUUACAUUUGCUUGGAAUGUUGAAGUCUCAUGGAAAGCUUGUAUUGGUUGGUGCAGUAGCGAAGCUAGAGCUGCCAGUGUUUCCUUUAAUCAUGGGGAGAAAAAUAGUAGCUGGUAGUAGCGUUGGAGGGUUAAAGGAGACUCAAGAAAUGAUUGACUUUGCGGCUGAGCAUAAUGUAAAAGCUGAGAUUGAAGUCAUUCCUGUUGACUAUAUCAACACAGCAAUGGACCGUCUUUACAAAGCAGAUGUGAAAUAUAGAUUUGUCAUUGAUAUCGGAAACACACUCAAGUCUAGCUCUUAAGCUUUGCUGUACUUAAUUAAAUUUCAGCAAAAUGAACCAUGAUGGCCAAAAAUAAUAAGAAAUGAAUUAGUAUGACAACUUUUAGUUUUAUUACUGUCUUCUAUCAUUGAGAUUCCAAAUUGUUGUGUAUUUGUGUGAUUUCAUAUCUUAAAUAAAAGGAUGGUUUGUACGUGA